CAGCAGGGGCGGGGGCAACAACAGGAGCAGCACCAGGAACACCAGCAACAAGAAAGGAAACAAAUUUGCAAUAUAAAUUUAUGCGAAUUUUUGCGUCGCUGCGGCGCCGACAACGACGUCGACGUCGACGUCCAGGCCGAGCGUAACCCAGGCCAAGCUGCGGGCGUCGACGUCGCACCAAGAGCAGCAAUACCAGCACCAAAAACAGCAGAGAGAGCAACAGCGAAAACACUAGCAGUAGCAGCGGGCGUAAGCAGGAAGAGAACAACAGAAAGAGCUGCCAUCAACGGCAGCGUAGCAGAGGAAAGCGUAGGAGCUGCAGUGGAGGUGGCAGAGGGAGCGGCAGUGGGAGCGGGAGCACCAGGCACCAAGAGGAGAGCCGCAGCAAGAGCAACGCGUACAGUUAUUAUAAUAAUGGCGUUAGUUGUUAGCAUAAUGCAGCAACAACUACAACAACAGGGGCAUCAAGAGCAACAGGAACAACAGCAGCAACAACAGCAGCAACAACAGCAGCAGCAGCAGCAGCCGCUACUCUGGCCAUUCUAUAACGGCCUCUUGUUUGCCGCUGCGGCCACAGCUCCUUACAACAGCUCCUCGGAUGACUUCAGUCUCGGCGGCUCCGUGGAUGGGCUUGGGCCCAUGCCCCCCACCCUGGCCACAUUUCUAUCAGCCCCAUCAUCACUGGGCUCAUCAUCGUCUGCGGCGGAGGUGCCACCGCAAACGGAUGCCACGAAUCACACUUUCAAGAGUUUAGCCUUCCUGGCCGACGACGGCGUCGAGCAGCGCAGCGGCCCCGUGUCCUUUGGCUCAGAUCUCUUUGCGCUCGGAACGGAAACGGAGAUGGACAGAGACAGAGACGGGGACCGGGACCGCGACCGGGACCGCGACCGGGAUACGGACUUGUACUCGGACCUUUCCCAGUCCCUGCCAAUUUUCGACUUUGGCAUGCCGCGCAACAUCACCGGACGCACAGGCCACACCGAGGCCAUAAUUAAAUGCCGCGUGGACAGUCUCCAUGAUAAAUCGGUAUCCUGGAUACGGAAACGUGAUCUGCAUAUCCUCACUGUCGGCACAGCCACCUACACCUCGGACAAGCGUUUCCAGGUAACCGAAUCGAAGGAUGCCAGGGAAUGGACGCUGCAUGUGAAGUCGCCGCAGGCACGGGACAGCGGCAUCUACGAGUGCCAGGUCAACACGGAGCCCAAAAUGUCCAUGGCAUUCCAGCUGAAUAUCAUCGAAAUCUCACCUGACGCCAAGGCCGUUAUCAGUGGGCCACCGGAUCUGCACUUUAAGGCGGGCAGCGCCAUAAUCCUUAAUUGUGUGGUGCAGCAGCCCUCCGUGAAGGACAUCGGACCGAUAUACUGGUAUCGCGGCGAGCACAUGAUCACUCCCUUUGAUGCGGACGAUGGCGAGGCAUCCGCCCCGUCAUCCAACUCCAACUCCAGAGAGGAACAACAACAACAGCGACGGAAUCCCUCAGAGAGGGACUCCUCACCGAACGAUGUGCUCAGCGAGGUGGACCUGCAGCGGGAGUUUGCCACACGCAUCGCCAUGGAGUCACAGCUGGGCGACACCCUCAAGUCCAGGCUGCGCAUCGCCAAUGCCCAGACGACGGACACCGGCAACUACACGUGUCAGCCCACAACGGCCAGCAGCGCCAGUGUCCUGGUCCAUGUGAUUAAUGAUGAGAAUCCCGCAGCGAUGCAGAAGAGCGAGGCAUUUGCGCUGCCCGGACUGGGCCUUCGCCUGGAGCUUUGUUGGAUGUUCCUCUUGGUAUUAGCUCUCAGUCGUUGAAAGCGAAAGUUGUACCCCAGCAGCACCAUGAUCCUCAUCAUCAACGUUGUCUUUAGUCUCAUUAUCAUCAUCAACGUUAACUUUGUUAUUGCCAGCAGGAAACGGGACAAAGAGAGAUAUAUAGAGAGAGAG